GCGCGGCCUGCCUGCCUGCCCGGUGCUCGCUGCUGCCAUUGCCAACUGCCAUGCGACACCCGACUUGCCUGCCAUUGGCGGCUUGGCGCCUGGCGGUGCAGCCUGACUGCCGCCACGAGGUCUCGCCCUGUAGCCUAGCCUGCCCGCUCCACCCCGUUCGCAUCGUCUCGGCCGCCGUGCGCGCUCGGUGACCCGGCGCUAGCGUCCACGGCCGCGCAGCCUCACCCCACCCUUGAGCGAGCCCACUCGCUCGCUGUCAUCGAGCGUCGCGACGGGGUGCCCGCUGCUGCGGUUGGGUUGGUGGUGGUACUGGUCUCCGGCCGGAGUCAGGAACCGGCCCAACAAACCCGCUUGUCCCCUUGCGAGCCGAUGCCAGAUUGCGAGCGCCGCGGCGGGGGGCGCGCGGCGCGGGCACCGUGACGCCACCCCCUCUAUCUCGGCCCGCGUUCCACUUGCACGCGGCCGCAGACCCCGCCCGCCCAUAUAUACGUGCCCGUGCGCGUGAGCGCUUCGUCACUCGGUUCAUCGAACACUUCACUUGCUCUGUCGUUGCCCUGCUUGGCUGGCUGCCGGUGGCAAUGGCGACGGGGUGGCUCUCCCGGGCGCUGUGGCUCUCGGCGCUCGCCGCCGUCGCGGCCCUCGCCGGCGGCGCGCAGGGGCAGCCGCUGUCGCCGGGCUUCUACAACGCGACGUGCCCGGCGCUGCAGGCCGUCGUGCGGCGCGGCGUGGCGCGGGCGGUCCGGAGGGAGCCGCGCAUGGGGGCCUCCAUCCUCCGCCUCUUCUUCCACGACUGCUUCGUCAAUGGGUGCGACGCCUCCGUCUUGCUGGACGACGUGCCGGGCAACUUCACGGGGGAGAAGAACGCGGGGCCCAACGCCAACUCGCUGCGCGGCUACGAGGUCAUCGACGCCAUCAAGGCGCAGAUCGAGGCCUCCUGCAACGCCACCGUCUCCUGCGCCGACAUCCUCGCCCUCGCCGCGCGCGACGCCGUCAACCUGGUCAGUUCAGUUUGGUCUUUGUGUCUAUGGCUCCUCUUCUUCCCAAACAAAUCACGCACGCCCUCGACUGAGCAGCAGAGUCGUGGCAUGCAGCUCGGCGGGCCGAGCUGGACGGUGCCGCUGGGUCGCCGCGACGCGCGCAACGCGAGCGCGAGCGCCGCCAACACGAACCUGCCGCCGCCCGACGCGGGGCUCCCCACGCUCCUGUCCAUGUUCCGCGCCAAGGGCCUGGACGCGCGCGACCUGACGGCGCUGUCCGGCGCGCACACCGUGGGGCGGGCCCGCUGCGCCGUCUUCCGCUCGCACAUAUACAACGACACCGCCGCGGACGCCGCCUUCGCCGCGGGCCUCCGCGCCAGCGUCUGCCCCGCCGCGGGCGGCGACGGCAACCUCGCGCCGCUGGAGCCGGGGGCGCCCGACGCCUUCGACAACGGCUACUUCCGGGACCUGGUCGCCCGCCGCGUGCUGCUGCGGUCCGACCAGGCGCUCUACGGCGCCGGCAACGGCACCACGGACGCGCUCGUGCGCGCGUACGCCGCCAACGGGACGGCCUUCGCGGCCGACUUCGCCGCCGCGAUGGUGAGGCUGGGCGGCCUCGCCCCGGCCGCCGGCAGCGGCGGCGAGGUCCGGCUCAACUGCCGGCGCGUGAACUGAUUUCUUAUUUAGCUGCACGCGGCACCAUUUUACAUUGCUCAUCAAUGGAUAAUUAUUUAGUCUUGCCGCACGCGCUUCAGUUGGACACACGCAUGAGGCAUGAUCGAUUUCGUA